AUGCAAUACAAUGGAGAUUGUAUCGUUAUCAUGUUGGAGACUUUAUUACCUGACUCGAUCAACAAUUUCACUAUUUCAAAAGAAUUGCUUGAAAAUGUUUUUAAAAAAAUUGAAAUUCCAAAAGAAGAAGUGUUUAGAAUUAUAUUGAAGACAAGAAAACAACAUCCUACCAAUGAGAUGGAAUGGACCAAUGAUUUUUGUCAUCUAUCCAAAGAAGCCUCUCAUUUUCUUGCUCAUGAAUUUCCAAAUUUACUUUUAAUUGGUAUCGACACUCCAUCCAUCGAUCAUCCCAAUAAGGCUCCUAUAAUUGAGCAUUCACAUGGUGAAUUUUGGAAUCAAAGAGUUGCAAUUUUAGAGAAUUUAAAUUUGAGUAAGGUUGUUGUUGUUGGAACAUUGAUGUUCAACCUAAACCAUGAUGAGUCGUCUCAUCACAACCAUUCAUCUGCUUGUCUUUUCCAAAGAGGAUAUUUACAAACCAUUUUCAAUCCAUUGCAAACGUGUGAAGAUGCUAUUGGUUGUUUUGUGUGGUUUUAUCCUUACUAA